CUUCAGAACAUUAGACGUGUUUAAGAGCUCGAUUAAAACGUAGCGCGCAUCGAAUCGACUUGAAUUGAAUCAAAAAGAAAUUUCCGUUUGUUUAUAAAUAUUAUUCAUAAAAAGAAUAAAAAUAACAUAAUUAGAAAGUGGAUUUCAUUCACAUCAAUUUUAUCAGUUCGCAAAAUUAAACAGAAAUGUGUUUUCGGAAUAUGUUGCUUAGCUGCUGUCUGAUUCUGAUGCUGGCCACAAGUCAAGCCCGGCCACGCUACAGUAAAACCUCAAACAGGAAGAACUUUGACCUUAGCACCGCCGGCAGCGAGACCAUCCUGGCCUACGCUGCCAGGCCCCAGCCGCCCAUGGCCCUAACGGGCAACUACAAUUUGAUAAUGCCCGAUUACUACGAUCACCAUCCAGCAGAGUCGAUGCAGCUGCAGAACUUUGCCGCAUUCUACGACGCCGAGAUGAGUCCGGGCGCCGACCUGGGCAUGGAUGAGUCACAGUUCCUGGCCAGCAGCACGCCCGUGCGUCCGCCAAGGCCCAUCACUGCCGAGGAGCAGCGCGUACGCCAGAAGCUGCAUCCAGUCGACAUCACCCGGGAGAAGAAGGCUCUGCACAAGCUGAAGAAGGGCAACACAAAGCCGAAGGGCGAGGGCUAUGCUGAGUGGGAUCAGUUCGAUUACGAUCUCUAUAGCGUCAAUCCGGGCGAUAGCAAGAAGUACUAUAGCGACUACUAAAUGUUUGUCCAACUUUCUAGCUAUUCCCGUAUUUGUUUUUGUUUAUUGUUUAUUUCUGUUUAAGCACUGAAUAAAUUAUUUAUUUAUUUGUA